AUGCCUAUCGCAGUUGGAGCGUCGACGCUCAAGUCUGAGCUACAAGCUGCUCAGAAUGAGAAGCCUGAGUUGGAGAGAGUCACUUGGUGGCAGGAACCAGGCCUGCGCAAGCUUUAUUGGUGGGCUGCGGUGCUGUGUAUUGCCUCUGCGACUACUGGAUAUGAUGGAAUGAUGCUCAAUACCUCCCAGAACAUUGAUGCGUGGCAGACCUAUUUCCACACUCCCGUUGGCUCCAAGUUGGGACUGAUGAAUGCAUCCUACCAAAUUGGUAGUCUUGUCAGUUUCCCAUUUGUUCCUUUUAUUGCCGAUCGAUGGGGUCGUAAGCUCCCAAUUAUCAUCGGGUGCGUUUUGAUGAUCUUCGGUGGCUUGCUCGGUGCAUUCUGCAAGAACUAUGGCAUGUAUGUCGCCGGUAGAUUGUUCCUCGGUUUCGGUGGCAGUCUGGCCCAGAUGGCCUCCCCGGUUCUCCUUGCCGAGAUCUGCCACCCCCAACACCGUGGUAUCGUCACUACUAUCUACAACUGUCUUUGGAACUUUGGUGCAUUGGUCGUCGCAUGGAUUGCUUGGGGAACUAUGAACAUCCCCAACGACUGGUCGUGGCGUAGCUUGACCAUCCUCCAAAUCUUCCCAGCCCUAAUUCAGAUCGCAUUCAUCUGGUGGGUCCCCGAAUCUCCCCGUUGGCUCGUCUCCAAAGAGCGCUACGAGGAAGCCUUGGAUAUUCUGUCCUACUACCACGGAAAUGGAGACAAGAACAACGCCACCGUCCAAUUUGAAUACCGCGAGAUCAAGGAGACUAUCAGCAUGGAGAUGCAGUAUCAGAAGAACAGCAGCUACCUCGACUUUAUGCGGACCAAGGGUAACCGUUAUCGUCUGGCAAUUCUGGUCUCGCUGGGAAUUAUCUCUCAAUAUAGUGGCAAUGCGUUGUUCAGUAACUAUACCAACUUGAUCUACAACAGCAUGGGUAUUACUGAGCAGAACAAGAAGAUUCCGCUUGAUGGUGGUAAGACUCUGCUCAGUUUGAUUGUCGCUGUGACCAGUGCUUUAUUCGUUGAUCGGUUCGGACGACGACCUCUUUUCCUCAUUUCUACAGUUGGUAUGGUUCUCAUGUUCCUCGCGUGGACUGUUGUAUCUUCCGUCUACGAGCGAACCCAGGAUGUCAAGAGCGCAGGAUACCCACAAGUCGUCUUCGUCUGGCUCCACGCUGUCGUAUACUCCAUUGCCUGGUCAGGUCUGCUUGUUGCAUACUCGCUUGAGAUUCUACCUUAUCGCCUGCGUGCCAAGGGUAUGAUGAUCAUGAAUUUGACUGUGCAGGCCGCUUUGGUCCUUGGAAACUACACCAACCCCAUUGCUUGGGAGAACCUGCCUCAUCACUGGAACUUGUCGCUCAUCUACACUGUCUGGAUCUUCGUUGAGCUCCUCUUUGUCUACUUCUUCUAUAUUGAGACUCGUGGUCCUACUCUGGAGGAGCUGGCUAGAAUUUUCGACGGUGAUGACGCCGUUGUCGCACAUGUUGAUCUGCACCAGGUUGAGAAGGAGAUUCAGGUUACUGAGAAGGAGACGACAUCCUAUGUGGAGCGUGCUUAG